CUUAAUCGCUAUGGGUCGCUCAUUGCGUUCUCUAACCGCGUACUCGCGUCCGUUUACAGUGCCAAACACCCGCAAAGCGACAACGGGUUGCCCUUUCUCUAAACGGCAGAGGUCCCAAAUUGCUCCAACCGCUUCACUUAACGAGGAGAUUUUCGCAAACGCGAAACCCUACUCCGAAGUCCCUGGCCCAAAACCAAUACCACUUUUAGGGAACACAUGGCGUAUGGUCCCAAUUAUUGGGCAAUUCGACAUUUCGGAGUUCGCGAAAGUGACCAAAUUGUUUUUGGAGAGAUACGGUAGAAUCGUUCGGUUGGGUGGUCUUAUCGGACGGCCGGAUUUGCUGUUUGUGUACGAUGCGGAUGAAAUUGAAAGGCUGUACAGGCGAGAGGGGCCCACGCCAUUUAGGCCUUCAAUGCCUUGUCUGGUGAAAUAUAAGUCCGAGGUCCGUAAGGACUUCUUUGGGGAAUUGCCAGGUGUUGUUGGAGUGCACGGCGAACAAUGGCGCAAAUUUCGUUCAAAAGUUCAACGGCCGAUUUUGCAACCGCAAACAGUGAAGAAGUACGUCACACCCAUCGAGCUGGUGACGGAAGACUUCAUCAAGUACAUGGAGAAGGCGAGGGACGAAAACUGUGACCUGCCACACGAGUUUGACAACCACAUCCAUCGGUGGUCACUAGAAUGUAUUGGUCGCGUGGCCCUGGAUGUAAGGCUUGGCUGCCUGUCCCCCCAAGCGGGCAGCAACUCGGAACCCCAGCGUAUCAUCGACGCUGCCAAGUACGCGCUGCGCAACGUCGCAGUGCUAGAACUGAAGGCGCCUUACUGGCGAUACUUUCCCACACCACUGUGGACCAAAUACGUUAACAAUAUGAACUUCUUUGUUGAAUUAUGCUCACGCUACAUUAAUGAAGCAUUGGAGAGAUUGAAGACUAAGAAAGUCACCUCGGAGAACGAUCUAUCCCUGCUCGAGCGAGUUCUGCAGAGUGAGGGCGAUCCAAAGAUAGCAACUAUUAUGGCCCUUGAUCUCAUACUUGUUGGGAUAGAUACGAUAUCCAUGGCAGUAUGCUCAAUUUUAUACCAAGCGGCGACCAGAUUGGAGCAACAAGAUAAAAUGGCGGACGAGAUCAGAAGGGUGUUGCCCGAUCCGAGCAAACCCUUGAGUUAUUCUGAUUUGGAUAAACUUCAUUACACGAAGGCUUUUGUGCGGGAAGUUUUCAGAAUGUACUCUACAGUCAUCGGUAAUGGCCGAACGCUUCAAGAAGACGACGUCAUCUGCGGAUACCAUAUACCGAAGGGGGUACAAGUGGUGUUCCCAACAAUAGUCACAGGUAACAUGGAGCAGUUCGUCUCCAACCCUGACGAGUUCAGGCCGGAGCGAUGGCUGGAGAGCAAUGGCCGAUUGCACUCCUUUGCGUCCUUACCCUACGGCUUUGGCGCCCGGAUCUGCUUGGGGCGAAGAUUCGCCGAUUUGGAGAUACAAGUCCUUCUCGCUAAGUUGCUGAGGAGAUAUCGUCUGGAAUACCACCACGAGCCGUUGGAAUACGCCGUGACGUUCAUGUACGCACCCGACGGGCCGCUGCGCUUGCGCAUGCUAGAACGACAAUCUUAAUACAAUUAUUUAAACUAGCUGUCGUAACCCGACUUCGCACAAUAAUCUUGUAUAUAUACAAUAAAAAGGGUACUUAGAUGUGCAGUGUUCCGUUCAUCCACUAUAGGAGGAAAGCUUUUUUAUGUGCUAACUUUGAUCGUUCUUGGUGAAAGUUGGCACAUAAAAAUUUACGUAUAUUUUUACAAACUAUAUUAAAAGUAUGG